UUAGCCAGCCAGGUUAGAAGGGUCUGGGAUUCCUUUAUGAGGUGCAACCAAAACAGCUGUUAGAAAUAGCAACAGGGAUAUUCUGGCAGGCUGUCGAGAAUUAGUUCUUGAAUACUGUUGUGGUUUUGAUCACUAAUAUGGCUGUGACUUUUGGAUUCUCUUUGAGUGUUUCUUGGAUGUGUUGCCUGCUAAUUGGAGGGAUAACUUGUUUUACACUUAAAGGUAACGCUCAUGGGCAUCCUGCCUACACUGGACCUGAACCAACUGGAUCCUAUGCCCAAGCAAGUGUGGUGUCUGGUCCAAAUGCUAAAGCUACUGGCCACAAUGCCACGUCAGCAGAAGCUACCGGCCACAAUGCCACGUCAGCAGAAGCUACCGGCCACAAUGCCACGUCAGCAGAAGCUACCGGCCACAAUGCCACGUCAGCAGAAGCUACCGGCCACAAUGCCACGUCAGCAGAAGCUACCGGCCACAAUGCCACGUCAGCAGAAGCUACCGGCCACAAUGCCACGUCAGCAGAAGCUACUGGCCACAAUGCCACGUCAGCAGAAGCUACCUGGCCACAAUGCCACGUCAGCAGAAGCUACCGGCCACAAUGCCACGUCAGCAGAAGCUACCGGCCACAAUGCCACGUCAGCAGAAGCUACCGGCCACAAUGCCACGUCAGCAGAAGCCACAAUGCCACGUCAGCAGAAGCUACCGGCCACAAUGCCACGUCAGCAGAAGCUACCGGCCACAAUGCCACGUCAGCAGAAGCUACUGGCCACAAUGCCACGUCAGCAGAAGCUACUGGCCACAAUGCCACGUCAGCAGAAGCUACUGGCCACAAUGCCACGUCAGCAGAAGCUACUGGCCACAAUGCCACGUCAGCAGAAGCUACUGGCCACAAUGCCCCUUCAACUGUGAAGUCAGGCCCCGGCGCCUCAGCUGAAGCGACAGGCCCCGGCGCCUCAGCAGAAGCGACAGGCCCCGGCGCCUCAGCAGAAGCGACAGGCCCCGGCGCCUCAGCAGAAGCGACAGGCCCCGGCGCCUCAGCAGAAGCGACAGGCCCCGGCGCCUCAGCAGAAGCGACAGGCCCCGGCGCCUCAGCAGAAGCGACAGGCCCCGGCGCCUCAGCAGAAGCGACAAGCCUUGAACAGACGGCCCGACCACUCAACUAG